UGGUGUUCCGUAAUAUAUCACAAGAACGGAGGAUCGAGAUAAAAAUGUUUGCUUGCUAACCACAUGCUAGCAAUACGAUGAAGAUCGCAGUGUUGGGUGCGACUGGUCCCUCGGGAUUACAGACAGUUUUAGAAGCCCUAGAAAGAGGCUUCAGCGUGGUAGCACUAGUCAGGAAUCCGGACAAGCUGACCGUCAAAGACAACAACCUACAGGUAUGUAAGGUGGACAUAUUUAAGGAAGAGGAAUUGGCACCACAUUUCAAGGAUUCAGAUGCAGUGGUGUCCUGUUUGGGAGGUCAAGCCUCCUUGUUUGGAUGGACUCCUAGUACCCUCUACACAGAUUCCAUGAAGAGCAUUGUUGGGGCAAUGAGAAGAUCGGGUGUCAAGAGACUUAUAGCAGUAUCAGCUUGGGGAACUGCAGCAACAGAUGGAGAACCAUUCAUUAUUAGAUGGAUUUUACGACCACUGAUCAUCGGUAACCUACUACACAACAUGGGUGAAAUGGAGGAUUAUCUCAACAAGGAAUGUCAAGAUAUUGACUACACAGUUGUUAGACCUCCUGGUCUCACAAACCAACCCAGCACAGGACAACCAGUCAUAGCAGAAAAUGGCCGGCAAUUUUUAGACAACAGUGCAACUCAGAUAUCAAGAAGAGAUGUUGCAAAGUAUAUGCUGGACAUUAUCAAGGAGACAUCUGUGUACAAAGCAUGUGUUGCUAUUGGCUAUGGCAAGAAAAAUUGACCAAAUAUAGGACAGCUAAAAUCAACUUCACCAAUGAACUUGCCUAAUCAGUGUGCCUUACUUAGUUUGUUUUAGAGAUUUAUGAUAUAGAUUAUCUAUGGAAUGUAGAUAAUAAAACAUUACCAUCAUA